GGGUGGACAACAUAACUGUGGCAAAUAGUCGACCACAUGGCAAUACUACAUUCAUGCUGCUGCUGGAAGAGUGUAAGAAGUGGGAGCUUCGCGUGCGCUAUCUACACCCUGACAUUCUACAUAAUUGUAGUGACUGCUAGUGCCUUUCAUGUUAAUCUUGCCCUUGGAACGCCUUGGUUAUUUAUAUUCAGUUUAUUUGCCUUGAUAUUCUCCGGAUUUUGUGUCAUUUCAUCAAUCCUCUUAUUGGUGGGAUUAUGCGUGGACAACCAUUUUCUUCUCUUACCUUGGGUGAUUUCAGUUUCCAUGACAACAUUGUUAGACAUCUUCCUCUCUUUUUAUUUAAUAGCCGAUGUGACAAUUGAUCCAGUUUUGGGGGCACUUUUCGUUAUAGAUAUCGUUAUUUCUGGAUUAAAUGUAUAUUGCAUUUUGUGCGUUGUCUCUCAAUUCCAAGAUUAUUUGGCUGGAAGAGAAAACGAAGUGGGACGUGUGAAUGACGAAGACACUUAUAAUGAAUUAGCAGAAGGUAUCGUAAGAAUCAACGGGCCGCUUCCAUCGAUUAGCACCACUGAAACUCUAUCACUUAGAUGCACCAUUUCUCCAUCUUUCUUCCAACCUAUUUACAAUUCCCCACAUUUAGAUGUUGAAGAAAAUAUAAAUAAAUAUUCUGAAUAUAGAGAAAAAUCUAAAUCAGCGUUAAUCAUAGAUGAUAAAAGUGUUAAAUUAAAUUCUACAGUCUUCAACACUUAAAAUUACCUUUUAUGAC